AUGGCAACUAGUCGAGUAGGUAGUGAGAGGAUUGAGAUAUGGAAAAUGAAGAGGCUAAUCAAAGAAUUGGAUGCUAGUAGGGGGAACCGCAAGUCUCUGCAGGAUGCAAUUACUUCUGUCCUGCAAAAGCUUAAACUUUACACUCAGGUUCCCACCAAUGGACUGGUCCUAUACUCUGGAUCCGUUGUAACUGAUGAUGGAAAAGAAACGAAGUUUACUCUUGACCUUGUACCUUUUAAGCCUAUCAGUCAGUCUCUCUACCUCUGCGACAAGAAGUUCCAUACAGAAGCAUUGCAUGAACUCCUGGACUCCAAUGACAAUGGCAACAGCCAAGUGGUACUUAGUAAGUUAACUGUUGACCUCCCAAAGAAACAUGGUAGAGGUGGUCAAUCAGCUCUCUGCUUUGAUCGUCUUAGGACAGAAAGUUGCCAAAACUAUGUCAGGAAGGUAGCAGAACUUGCUACAAAGCAUUUUAUAGAUCCUAGGACGAACCUUCCCAAUGUUGCUGGAUUAAUACUUGCCGGUUCUGCUGACUUUAAGAUAGAGCUGAGCCGAUCUAACUUGUUUGAUCUUCGCCUACAGGCUAAAGUAUUAAAAGUUGUAGAUGUUUCAUGUGGCAGAGAAAAUGGUUUCAAUCAAGCCAUUGAGUUGUCCUUAGAGAUGCUAUCUAAUGUUAAGUUCGUUCAGGAGAAGUGCUUGAUUGGGAAGUUCUUGGAAGAAGUCAGUCAGGAUAGUGGAAAGUUUGUGUAUGGCUUGGAUGAUACCAUGAAGGUUCUGGAGAUGAGUGCCAUUCAGACACUGAUUAUCUGGGAAGAUUUGGAUAUAAAUCGGUACAUGCUGAAAAACACCAAGACAGAUGAGAGUAUUAUAAAGCAUUUAAAUAAGGAGCAAGAGGGUGACCAGAGCAACUUUCACGAUUCAACUACCUCAUCUGACUUGGAGGUUCAAGAUAAAAAGUCUCUUCUGGAAUGGUUUGCAGAUGAGCACCAGCAAUUCGGUUGCUCACUUGAGACUGUCACAGGUAACUCUGAGGAAGGAUCACAUUUUUGUAUAGGAUAUGGUGGCAUUGGAGGAAUCCUUCGCUAUCAGUUGGACAUUAGAUCACUUGAUGAACCAGAAAUUUAUGAAGACUCUGAGUAA